AUGAGGGGGCCAGAGACAGAAGCAAAGAAACAGGACAAGGAGAUGAAGCUUUCUGCCUGCCCAUCUGGCCAGGCUUCAAGCCAUGAUGAAGCAAAGAGGAGGCUACCCAAGGCCAGGGUCUCGUUUAGGGACGAGGGUGACAAUCAUGGAGCCCAAGACAAUCCUACCAAUUGCACAUGUGAGGAAAUCGAGGGCUGUUCCUUGGCCUGGGGAUGGGAGAAGAAGGUGAGUGCAUCCCCUCAACCCUGGCCCCUCCUUUGUUCCUCUUCACCCCACCCGUCCCGGCAGCCCCUGGAAACCAAGGACAGGAGGGUCAGGGUUGGGCUGAUGGGGGUGACUAGAAGGGGGGUGGGGGGAGUCAGGGGACAGCAAGGAGAGGGAAUAACCUCCUGGAGCUCUGGCCCAGCUUCUCUUCCAGACACAUUCACUGGACCCUCCCUCUGGGCUGAGCCAGGCACUCUGAUCCCCGAAGGAACAAAUGUGAGCCUAUGGUGCCGGGGCCCUGCUGGGGCAAAGCAGUACCAUGUGCUCAGGAGGUCUGAGUGCAGGAGCCCAUCCUGGCCUUGGACAGAGGUAGAGUUCCCCAUCUCACCUGUGACGAGGGAGGAUGCAGGACACUACUGCUGCCGCUAUUGGAUCCCAUCCCGCUGGUCCCAGUGCAGCCACCCCCUGGAGCUGGUGGUGACAGGCAUAUAUGAGAAACCAGCCCUCUUCUCCCUGUCCGGGCCCUUCGUGGGCACAGGGGAGGACGUGACCCUCCAGUGUAAGGCUAAAUCCAGAUUUGACAGGUUUGCUUUGUACAAGGAGGGAGACUCCCACAUCUCCAUCGGCUAUGAAUGGAGGUCUCAGGCCAACUUCCCCAUCCCUGCUGUGAACAGAACCCACAAGGGCGCCUAUCGAUGUUACACUUUUUCCAGUGACUCCCCCUACCACUGGUCGGCUCCCAGUGACCCCCUGGAGCUCAUUGUCACAGAGACCUCUCCAAGGCCUGGAACUCAGGAUGACCUGGUGGGAGCUUCCUCAGGUCUUCCGAAGCUCUGGGAAAGGAUCCUGAUGGGCGUCUCCCUACUCCUAGCCUCGCUCUUCCUCUUCUUCCUCCUCCUUUACCACCUCCAGCAUCUGCUCAAACCCAAGCCCGAGGGCAGAGAGGAAGAAGACAAGGAGACCCUGAAGAGCUUCAGCCCAACUGGAGCCAUGCAGGAACAGACUCUGUACACAGCUGUGAAGAACAGUAUAUGGAACAGACCAGGGAAUCCUACUGCUGGGGACCUCCAGGAAGUGACCUACACCCAACUGAUCCACCAAAGCCCAGGAGAGUGCCCUGCCUGUGCUCCCCCUCAUCGUCUUUGCCCCACUGGACCUCCAAUGAGCUGAGCCCAUCCCAGAGGAAGGGCAGGGGAGGAGGGAGGAGCUCUCCCCGCUUUCAUCUCGGCUCUCUGUGAGAAAAGAAAGGCCAGGAGGUCUGACUCUGGAAGCCAGGAAUUUUUAAAAAUAAGUUUUAUUGAUUGUCUGUAUUACAGCCAUUUCAGAAUAUCCUAGCCAUCCUACCCCAGCUUUCCCUUGGAAGAAAGAAAAGGAGUCGAGCAAAACCCAACAGCAUGCAAUAUUUUGUAUACGCAGUGCUCCACCUCCUUAUCAGAAGACAAGAGGUCCCUUCCCU